AUGGGGAAAGAGCCGCCACUCGCUUCCUUGUCCCUGACCCAUGUCCAUUAUAAUCCCGAGGAUCCUCUUUCAUUUCUCUCCGCGUGGCUGGCUCUUGUACCGCAAGCGCUAUGCGUGGUCUACGUCACACUUGUCUGGGCGACGCGGGAGGUAGAGGUGGGCUUAAUGUUUGCUGGGCAACUGGCUUGUGAGGCUCUGAACUUUGCGCUCAAGCGGAUUAUCAAGGAAGAGCGGCCAAAAGAAAUGUUUGGAAAAGGCUACGGAAUGCCGUCAUCCCACGCACAGUUUGUCGCAUUCUUCGCUGUAUAUAUGGGUUUAUUCCUUAUGUUUCGCCACUCGCCAAACCAUCAGAAUAAGGGGAUCAUCUUCCGCAUAAUCGCUUCAAUUGGAAUAUCUCUCGGUGCUAUCGCAGUGGCCGUUAGUCGUAUAUAUUUGACCUAUCACACUCCUCGCCAAGUUCUUGCGGGAGGUGCUGUUGGAGUUGUAUAUGCGCUGGCUUGGUUCAUCUUUACUGGAUUUUUGCGAAGCUACGGCUGGAUUGAUUGGGGGCUGGAUCACUCGGUAGCUAGGUGUUUUCGACUGCGGGAUUUGGUCGUGAGUGAAGACCUUGCAGAAGCCGGAUGGCAGCGAUGGGAAGCAAAGCACAAAGUAAAACGAAGCGAGAACGGCGGCCAUACAUCGAAGUUAGACUGA